AUGAUGAACCGUGGCGCCCUCACCCUCCUCCUCCACAGGGACGUUACCAUCGGGGAGGGAGGGCACUGGAUGAAGAGACUUGACUGCAAGCUCCUGCGGACUCUUCACAAAGCAGCAUGUCCUAGGUGCCUAAGUAUCACGGGCACUCUUCUGCAGAACGACUUGACGGAGCUGCCAAGAGUGCUAGAGUACGUUGGGCCACAGCUCUCCAUCCACGACGAUGCCGAUCAGCAGCCUCCGCGUGAGGCAGUGGCGGCCCUCUCAAGGCGCUGGGGACUGCGAGUCAGUGAGCAAAGAGAGAAGAAAAGCUGCGACAAUAUAGGUAACCGAGAAGUGUCGAAAAGGCCGGCAGCAGCGCGUGGUGAAGAGCGCGUUUUGCUUCUCGAGUACCUUCAAAAAGGACCGCAGUCAUUUCUGCUACGUCGCGUCAAGGCCAACGUCGACAUCCAGCUGCCGCCCAAGUACAACGGCGCCAACACCCCUCCCUCCCAUCCCGCUCACACCGAGGCAGCAAGCGUACUACGCCCUGGUGCAAUCAUAAGAGCUCCACAACAACAGCCGCCUCACGCGCCUCUGCGAGUGCUACGUGCAUCUGUUUUUUCAUCCGUGACUUCCACACUGAUAAGGAUGAAAGGCUGCUGCACAUCGCACCAACCGUCCUCAGCGUGCGAACGACUCAGCUGUAUACGGAAGGUGUCAGGGACGCUGAAACUUCUUGACGUGAUGCGGCUGAAACUGCGCCGCCGUGGUCCUCUUGCCCCCUUGUUUGUUCGGAUUACACGAUCAAUAGAUCUCUUCAAGGAGUAUCUUUCGGUGCAGAGUGCCGUCCUCGGAAAAACGCUCUGUGGAAGCGGUGACACAAGAACGAUAAUGACAAUUGAUGGAUCCCGCGAAAGCGAUUUGACCAAGGCCGUGAUGAAUCUCGAAAAACCUCAAGUGAUGCUUUCUCAGAUGUUGUUGCACACGCGGCUGUACGGGAGCAGCUCAGCUGAGACCCAAGGGGAGGCCAUUCGUCAUGUUCAAGGGCCGUGUAGCUCUUUCGAUGAGCCUCACAAUGGUGAAAAUUCUGUGCGACAUCGUUGUCUCUGA